GGUCCGUGUACGAGAUCUCAGGCAACGAAUGCUGCUUGUCGACGGGCGACCUGCUGAAAGUCAUGGCUGUGGCACUGCAGAAGGCCGUUUGUGAGGACACAGAGACAGGGCAGACAACGGAGCUGCCACUGACCUUUAAGGGUCUUUUUCAGCCUGCCCCAGCCCGGGGCACGUACCCAGCACCACGGGGGCCCUUCGCGGAGGGUGGCAGGCAGCGGGGCCUGACCCUGCGCCAG